ACCACAAGAGAGAGACUGACUUCAGGAGCAAAGGCUAAAAGUGGAGGGGAAGAAGACUUCAUGGUUCCUACUCUUUGCAUAUUACUGUGAGGAGAUCAGAGAUGGAGAAAGCGAUUGGUCUCCUCAGACGUUCAUUUGGUCUAAUCAGAAGCUUCAGCAGUUCUGCUCCUGCUUCAAAUGCGGCCACAGUAGUAGUAUCAAAGAAACCAAAGCGUAGGAAGAAGAAGAACUUCUUUGAAGUUGCUCAAUUUCUUCCCAAGUGGGGAGUUGGUUAUCAGAUGGCAAAUAGUCACUGGGUUGGAGUCUUAUACCAGAUCACGAAGAUGAACCUCUACAAGGAUGGACGACAUGGUAAGGCAUGGGGGAUUGUCUACAAAAAUGUGUGCCAGCUGCAGAUUCUCCCAAAAAAAUUAGUGGGGUUCAUAAGCGCUGUUGGAGGUGCAUUCCAGAUUCAAAGAAAGCAAUGGAGAACAUACUCAAACCGGAAGCUCAGACAGCUUGAUGUCUCAUUGAAUUUUUGAGGGAUGAUUUGGGCAUUCUUUAUACUCUUCUUGAUGGAGAGGGAAACCACAUCUUUCAUAUUAUUUUAGGCAGUUGUCCUAGUUUUCAUUCUCAUCAAUAUAUAUGUUUUUUUGGGAGAAGGUUCGGAAUGCCACUGGCUUUCUUGGAGUUAGCGACUCAACCAAUGAGAGAAUUGGGAUGAGAGGGGCAUAGGGGACAUUUCCAAGGGGAGGAAAGAGAAAGACACAGAUCUAGGUAUUCAAGCGGCAUACCCAGA